UUUUUACUGCUUUCUGUUCUACAUUCAGUCCAAAAGGGUCUUCAAAUCCCACACAAACCCUCUCUGGUGUGAUUUUUUCUGCUGCUCUGCUGCUUCGCUCCCCCGUUUUCGGGUUGAUCAUAGUGGCUUCAUACAGUGAUUAGUUUCUGUUUAGUUGAUUGGUUGGUUACCGUUGAUUCGGGGUCAAUUGCUGCUACCAGAGGAACAAGCCAGUGAUGUCGAUUGUAGUUGUCGUGCUAUGUACAGUUUUUGGGAUGAUCCUCUCCAGUAUGGCUGGCUAUUAUAUUUGCCAGUUAAGGAAAGCAAAGAUUAAAGCAGCUCAGCAAGAAAAUAGUGUCUACACUGCUUCUAACGAGGCAAGUAAAGACGGCAACAUUGAAUUACCUUAUUUUGAUCUGGAUACCAUUUUUGCUGCUACCGACAAAUUAUCUUUGGGGAACAAGAUAGGAGAAGGUGGAUUUGGCCCUGUCUACAAGGGUGAAUUGCUUAAUGGACAAGAAAUAGCCGUGAAGAGGCUCUCACAGAGUUCUGGGCAAGGCAUCCAGGAGUUUAAGAAUGAAGUUUGUUUGAUUGCUAAACUUCAACACCGUAACCUUGUCAAGCUCCUGGGAUGCUGCAUUCAAGGGGAAGAAAGAUUGCUAAUUUAUGAAUUCCUGCCUAACAAAAGCUUGGACAAUUUCAUAUUUGAUCAAACUAGAAAGAAGCUACUACCUUGGAUAAAGCGCUUCAACAUUAUUGUUGGAAUUGCACGAGGACUACUUUACCUUCAUGAAGACUCAAGACUGAGGAUCAUCCACAGGGAUCUUAAAGCAAGUAAUGUGUUGUUAGACAAUGAGAUGUAUCCCAAAAUUUCCGACUUUGGCAUAGCAAGAAUUUUUGGAGGAGAGCAGACAGAGGACAAGACCAAGAGAGUGAUGGGAACAUAUGGUUAUAUGUCUCCGGAAUAUGCAAUGAGCGGUCACUUCUCAGUGAAGUCAGACGUAUUUAGCUUUGGAGUUCUAGUGUUGGAGAUAAUAAGUGGCAAGAAGAAUUGGGGAUUUUAUCACCCUGAACAUGACCUUAACCUGAUAGGCCAUGCAUGGAGACUAUGGAAUAAUCAGACUCCUCUGGAGCUUAUGGACAAAGAAUUGAACGAGACGUUUUCCGAAGAUGAAGUGGUAAGAUGUAUUCAAGUUGGCCUUCUGUGCGUACAGCAGCGCACAGAAGACCGGCCAACAAUGUCGGCUGUGGUCUUCAUGUUGAGCAAUGAAAGUGCAGUGAUACAGCAGCCCAAGGAACCUGGCUUUUGUGUGGAAACCUUCUCACUCAAGAUUGAAUUAUCGUCAGGCAGGCACACUUCUAGCACUGCCAAUGAUGUUACAAUUACAGCAUUGGCCGGGAGAUAAAGGGUUAUUAGUUAUUACAUCUGGUUGCAUCUUGUACAGUUCUUCAGUUUCCCGGUAUGCUUUUUCGAGCUAUAUUACAUGACAUUACGGAGAGCCCCUUAAAUGUUUCCAUGCACAUAGGUUGUCCUGGCUGGAAUUUUGGUGGGUUGGAGUUGUUCUAUGGAUCUCAAGCUCUUGUACAGUCUUCCUUGCCUUCUCCUAGUUUUGGCACUGCUGUUCUUCUUUGCGUGUGAGAUGAUGUUAUGAUGGCCUCAAUAGGUCAAAAUGUACAAGAAAAAUGGAGUCAUUAAUUACAACAAACUGCUUCAGUCUUUGCAUUGACA